AUGGACUACACUGGACUGGACCUGUCCAGUCCCUGCUUCAACUGCUCCCAGAACUUCAGCUGGAACAGCACCAAGCCCUGCACCUGUUCCAUCCCCUUCUACCUGGACCAGCCCUAUGAGAGCAACGUCUUCAUGUACUACGGCCUGUCCAACUUCUACCAGAACCACCGACGGUACGUGAAGUCCAGAGACGACAGCCAGCUGAACGGGAACGAGGAGUCCCUCAGGAAACCCAGCAAGGAGUGCGAGCCGUACGCUCGCCACAACAACCGGGCCAUCGCGCCGUGUGGCGCCAUCGCCAACAGCAUGUUCAACGAUACUCUGGAGCUGUUCUACACUGAGCCGAAUGGAACCAAGACCCAGAUCCCUCUGACCGCCACUGGAAUCGCCUGGUGGACCGACAAACACGUGAAGUUCAGGAACCCUGGAGGAACCAAUGAGAACCUCACUGCAGCAUUUCAAGGAACGGUGAAGCCUAUCAACUGGCGUCGACCCGUGUACGAGCUGGACUUUGAUGUAGAAAACAACGGCUUCAUCAAUGAGGACUUCAUCGUGUGGAUGAGAACCGCCGCUCUGCCCACGUUCCGCAAGCUGUACCGGAUCAUCCAGAGGAGGAACAGCAUGGUUCCCACCCUGCCUCGAGGAAACUACACGCUGGAAGUGGUCUACAAUUAUCCGGUCAGGAGCUUUGACGGCAGGAAGCGGAUGAUCCUGAGCACCAUCUCCUGGAUGGGGGGAAAGAACCCGUUCUUGGGCCUAGCCUACAUCACCGUGGGCUCCGUCUGCUUCCUGCUGGGCGUGGUCCUGCUCUUCAUCCACCACAAGUACGACAACCGCAACAACAAUGCUGACAUCUCCAACUGA